CGGCGGCUCCCUGAGGGAGGAUGAGCGGCGGGCGGCAGAGCUCUUUGCCGCAGGCCUGGUGGGCGGCGGGCGGGAGGAAGGAGAAGGAGGAGAAGGAGAAGAAGGAGGAGAAGGAGGAGAAGGAGAAGGAGGCGGGUUUCUGUGAGGUGGCGGGGUCCAUUUGGAUCUACCCCACCAACUACCCGGAGCGCGGUUACCAGCUGCGCAUGGCCCGCGCCGCCCUGACGGGCAACACGCUGGUCUGCCUGCCCACCGGGCUGGGGAAGACCUUCGUGGCCGCCGUCGUCAUGUACAACUUCUACCGCUGGUUCCCCUCCGGCAAGGUGCUGUUCCUCGCCCCCACCAAGCCGUUGGUGGCUCAGCAGAUGGAGGCCUGCGCCCGCCUCAUGGGCAUCCCGGCCCGGCACAUGGCCGAGAUGACAGGGGGAACCCAAGCUCUGGGUCGGAGGGAGCUGUGGACUACCAAGAGAGUCUUUUUCCUUACGCCUCAAAUAAUGGUGAAUGAUCUUUCUCGUGGGACAUGUCCUGCUGUAGAGAUUAAAUGCUUGGUUAUUGAUGAAGCCCACAAAGCCCUUGGAAAUCACGCCUACUGUCAGGUUGUAAGGGAACUAAGCAAACAUACAAAUCAGUUUCGGAUCUUGGCCCUAAGUGCCACACCAGGCAGUGAUACAAAGGCUGUGCAGCAAGUUGUUUCCAAUUUACUCAUUGCUCAGAUAGAGCUAUGUGCUGAAGAUUCUCCAGAAAUUCAGCCUUAUUCUCAUGAGCGACAAAUGGAAAAAAUUGUUGUCCCACUCGGUGAAGAAUUGGUAGAAAUUCAGAAUGCUUACAUCCAGGUGCUAGAAACAUUUGCUGGACGCCUGAUCAGAAUUGGAGUUUUAGCAAGGCGGGAUAUUCCCAGCCUUACAAAGUACCAGAUAAUUCUAGCAAGAGAUCAAUAUAGAAAAAACCCUUCUUCACAGAGUGUGGGAAUUCAUCAAGGCAUAAUUGAAGGAGACUUUGCACUUUGUAUCAGUUUAUAUCAUGGUUAUGAGCUGCUUCUGCAAAUGGGACUACGGUCCUUAUUUAUCUACCUUUGUGGAAUUAUGGAUGGAUCAAAAGGAUUAACCCGUACGAAGAAUGAACUUGGUCGCAAUGAAGACUUCAUGAAGCUGUAUCAGCAGCUUAGAGACAUGUUUUCAGACACACCUCUGGCUGUAGUGAAUGGAAAUGUUUACAAGAGUAAAACAGUGUUUGAAAAUAAAAAGGAAUUUAUCUACAGCCAUCCAAAAUUAAGGAAAUUGGAAGAAAUUGUAACAGAACACUUCAAAUCCUGGAAAAAGGGAUGUUCUGAUCAAGUCAUGACUGAAAGCACACCUGUGGAUGCCACGGACACCAGAGUGAUGAUCUUCUCAUCGUUUCGAGAUAGCGUGCAAGAAAUUGCAGAAAUGCUUUCCCGGCUCAGUCCAGUAGUCAGAGUAAUGACAUUUGUUGGCCACUCCACAGGAAAGAGCACGAAAGGCUUCACACAAAAGGAACAACUUGAGGUGGUGAAACGCUUUCGCGAAGGUGGCUAUAACACUCUGGUCUCUACCUGCGUUGGGGAGGAAGGCUUGGACAUUGGAGAGGUUGAUCUCAUCAUCUGCUUUGACGCUCAGAAGAGUCCGGUUCGCCUUGUGCAGCGGAUGGGCCGGACGGGGCGCAGGCGGCAGGGCAGGAUCGUGGUCAUCCUCGCCGAGGGGCGGGAGGAACGGACUUACAAUCAAAGCCAGUGUAACAAAAGGAGCAUCUACAAAGCUAUUUCAGGAAACAAAAUGCUUCAUUUCUACCAGCAUAGUCCACGUAUGAUUCCAGAAGGCAUAAAUCCAAAGUUGCAUAGAAUGUUUAUUACUGCUGAAGAAUAUGAACCAAGCAAUUCGAAAAUGCUUUCCAAAAAGAGAAAAUCUAGUUCCCUCCAGCAUAAAUCUGCUCUCUUUUCCUGUGUCACCGGCCAAAGGCAAAUGCACUGUCAUGAGAAUUGGGCUCUGUCACCUGAGGAAUUUGACAUAUGGGACAGAUUUUACAGGAUUAAGGAAAGUGAUGGAGUAAAGGAACCGAUACUGCCUCAAAUUCAGUUUGAAGCCUUUGAAAACCUCGAAGAAAUAUCAAAGCAUGAAGAGAAGGCAACUCAUGAACUUUCCCUGUCUGAAUGGAGAAUUUGGCAGAAUCAUCCUUUUCCUACAUUCAUGGUUGAUCACUCAGAUCGUUGCUACCAUUUUAUCAGUGUUAUGAAAAUGAUAGAACUGAUGAGAGAUGAAAAGGGAGAUAGCAGCUAUGAACUGGAGAUUCAGCCUCACUUACAUAUUGAAGACGUUAAUGUUCGAAGGAAUAAAAGUCAUCUUUCCACGGCCAGCUCCGCGUUUGAUCAGGAAGCAUGCUCAUCUAGAAAAGACAUGGCACGUGAAUCAAAAGUAAAACCAUUUUUACCUGAUACUAAUGAUAAUGGGAGUGAAUUCUUUACCACAUUUAAAUUAACAAAACCAAAGACUCCCGAAAGAACUUCUGGAUUAAAAUCAGAAGUGCCUGUGUUUCCUACAAAUACUAAUACUUCAGCUUCCUACUCAGCAAGAAGGCUUGCUCUGGUUGAAAGUAUUGACCAGGCCAGUCAAAAGGGUGUGGAACUAGAAGUGACAUUUGAUUUAAAUGAACAGAUUGACCUGUGUGACAACAGUGAAAGUACUAUAAUUCAUGGAAGUGCAGCAACAGAGGAAUACAAAACUGUAGAUAAAGCUUGUAGGUCACUGGGGAUGUACCGUGCAGAUUCGGAUUAUAGCAGCUUCACAGUUGAGAAAUCACCUGUGUCCUCUGACUUAUUUUAUCUUCCUGAAUCAUACGUGGAUUCAUUUGCACUUGUGAGACCAUCUGAGGAGACUUCUUGGUUAAAACAAGUAUUUUCCCAUGUGAAAAAGCUUUUACUGCAGUCUCCUCCCUCUUUAAAUAAAAUUGAUGAUUUUGAAAACAUGACGAGAAAUGAAGAAACAACAUGUCCUUUUCAAAAAGUCCUUUCUGACAGUUGUUCAGUGAGGCAGCAGGACAAAGUGUUUCCUGCAUCCUCGGAAGUUGCUCGUUCACUGCCGCUCCCCGAAAACCCUGAACUGCAAGUCACCAGCGAGUCGUGUGCUCCCGUAAGCACCUGUUUUACAAAACCUGUAUCGUCUUCUGAGGCUGCUGUUGUUAAAGCCGAAGAGGAGCUUCACUGGAAUGACAGCUUUGAUAGUCUGUUUGACAACGAAAUAUUCGCUGAAAUUCAAGAGAAAACUCCAACAAUAAAUCACAGUCUGACAAAUAACCCUUCAAGUAAGUAUUUUGUUCAAAAAACUAAAGACGAUCUUGAAGCGAAUGAGAAAAAUGUGAUGACCGAGGAAGAAAAGCGUAUACGUUUAUUUGCAGAUGACUACAUUUAUGACACAAAUAAUGGAAGUUUUCCUAUGAGCCAUAAGCAUUUAGUCAGGUCAGAUUCAGGUGAGAGUGUUAUUUGGCCAGUUGCAGAGCGAGGCUCCGAGCGGUUUCCCCCAGAGGUGUGCUGCGUGAGCGGCCACCAGGCCGGCAAGGGGCAGCCAAUAAGCUGUAAAACCACGGACACAUCGGGUGGUAUUAGUGCGACCGAGCAGUUUCUGGAUGACGAUGAUCUUUAUGACAGUUCUCAAGAACUGUUUUCUGUUAACUUUGAUCUGGGAUUUUCCGUCAAAGACUGGGAGAACGAAAUCUUUGAAGAAAAUGUAGAUACUGAUAAUACCAGAAAACUAAACGGUGCCUCAGGGAAUCGUGCUGAUGUUAGAUCCACUGAAGACAAAAAAAAAUUACUGAAUGAUAGCUCCGGACUUGAAACAUGGCCCAAACAGGCUUGCAAAAGUCUCGGGAGGAGAGACAUUCCCACACCAUCGCCAUUCCAGAGCGGGAGCGCGGACGCUAGAGGAGGGACCGAGGACGCCGGCGCUGCAGUGCCGAUCUGGAAGUCGGGAGACAGAAGAACGGGAAGGGGGUCACCUGAAGCUUUGGCUUCUGCAUUUUCUACCCCAACAAGUAGAAAGGUUAUGAAUACUAAAGCUCUCAGAAGAAUUCCUACGAAUGCCUUCUCCAGCGCCAGGGAGGAAAUCCCAGAGGAGCCGCUUACGGGUGAAGUAAAUAAAAGCCCACGUAGGCAGAACUUUCGGAGUUCAGCCACGGGCGCACGUGAUGCCCCUUUAGGAAGAACUGAAAGCCUGGAAGACACCAACCUUGGUGGUUCGUGUGGGUCUCCUGCUGAAGGAACCGGCAGUGACAGUGAAGAAGAGAUCGUUUUCCAGAGAAAAAAUAGGAAAAAAAAGAAUGUUUUGAAGUCUCCUGAUGUUGUGAAUGAUAGUGAUUUUGAAUCGCCGAUUCGUGCCAUCCGAAAACGCCGACACCCACUUAACGUGUCAGAUGUGUCCAGUGAUGACAGCGCAGACUUUCACAAGAGCUCGAGUAGGACCACAAAGAGCAGCUCAGCAGCCCGUAACAGACAGCAGCGAAGAAGUACGAAACGGCAGAAGGUCAAGAGCAAUUUUACCUACAAGAAUGCAGCAAGGCAGUUCUUAGCUGAAGAAGCUGAGCUGUCCCAGCAAGAUGCAGAAGGUGUCUCCUCUGAUGAGAGCGUAGAUGAAGAGAACGAGCUGAACUCCUCACUGGCUCGGUUCCUGAAUGACGACGUAGAGGUCACGCAAGUGUUAAACGACUGUGAGAUGAAAGGAGUUUACCUGAAAUCCGUGCGCAGUCCAGCUCUUGGCAGUAGAUACAAAAUGGUUCAUCGUGAAUUCGACAGCACGGCGUUUUUCUCACAGAUUCCCGAGCAAGACCAGGCUUAUGUGGAAGACAGUUUCUGCAUCGGAGAGGAGGAAGAGGAAGCGUGCAAAACCAGUGAAUCUAGUGAGGAGGAAGUGUGCGUUGAUUUUGAUCUCCUAAAUAAUGAGAGUUUUACUAGCGGAAGAAAACAAUACCUCACUCGCCGCAGGAAAAAGUUAAAGCAGGCCAGGCCAGAAGAGGCCUCCUCUGUCCCAGUCCGGAAGAAGAAACCGUCCCGAAUUAUUGUUCUCAGUGAUUCCAGCGGGGAAGAAACAAGCGUCAGCAACGAGCAGCCCGUGCAAACAGACCGCUUCAGGGCAGAACAGGAAAAUGCAAAGUCACCCGAGUCGCCGCCUCCAGCCUCUUCUGAGCAGCACAGAAAAACUGCUGGGGCGAUCGCUGCUCGUCACUCUGCGGAGGGUAAGAGCCAGACGCUGCUUGGCUUGAAAGCUUCCGUGUCGGAAAUGCUGGAUUUUCACCCGGACCAUCGAGCGAGGAGCGCACGCCUUCCACCAGCUGCCACGAGCUGUGCUUCGGGGAAGGAGGAUCUCCGGGCUCCCACUGAGGUGGAAAGUUCGCCGAAGAACACCUGCAGGAGCACCUCAGUUCCACCUUGUUCUGCUUCCACAAACCCCGCUUCAGCUUCAGCUCCCUUCCCACCUGACUCUCUGGAGAAGACACCUCCCCUCUGUAUUCUGGUAGACAGCCGCGAGAUCUCCUCCGGAGCAGAGGUGAUUUCUUCCUUGAGGGCCGACCACGGAGUGAAGGUGCAGGUUUGCUCGCUGAGCAGCAGCGAUUACGUCGUGAGCAACCGCAUGGCCGUGGAGAGGAAAUUCCUGUCAGAAUUGCUCAACUCUGGGAACAGGAGUAAAAUCAGCCAGCGGAUCCAGCGCCUGCAGAGCAUGUUUGAGAGAACGUGUGUGAUUGUGGAGAAGGACAGGAUUAAAACAGGAGAGGCGUGGCGCUCUUUCCAGAGGACGCAGUACUACGACGGCGUGCUCUCAGCCUUGGUCCGGGCUGGGGUCCGCGUUCUUUUCAGCUCUUGCCAAGAGGAGACGGCGGGUUUGCUCAAGGACCUGGCCUCGGCGGAGCAGAGGAAGAACGCCGCCAUCCGCGUGCCAACCGAGGUGGAGGGCCGCAAACGGGAGGCGCUCAACUUCUACUUGAGCAUUCCCGACCUCGGCUACCUGGCUGCUCUCAACAUGUGCCACCACUUCGCCUCCGUGAGGCAGGUGGCCAACAGGUUGCUCAGGCUCCGGCUCACCCCGCCGUGCCCGCAGCCCACUGGCAGCCCCCCCUCAGGUGCCCUCUGCUCUCUUCCAGCUCCCCCGCCGCCCUCGCCGCCGGCGCCCGCGUCAGCCCGCAGAAGGCCGAGGAGAUCUACCGCUACCUCCGCCACGGAUUUGAGGUGCAGAUGCUGCCCCAGAACCUCGGCGCCAAGGGGGGGAGAAACGCCGCAGCUGCCAGGAGCUGAGGGCAGGGAGACGCGGCCUCGCCACCCCCCGGGCUGUUCUUGAAAUGCACUUUACUGAAGUUUUCCUUCCCUGUAAAAUAUGUAAAUAAACCCCGCGGGGCUUUGGCACGCUCCGACCGACCCCCUGCCUGGCACCUAAGGCGAGGCUGUGCCUCCGGGGCUGGGUACAGUCAUUCCAAAACUUCUUUAAAAAUUAGAAUAAAGGCUGAAAUGUUUUGGCAAA